GUCAUGUCGCCGUCGAGUGGGAGACGGUGGUUGACCAAGGCGUAGCAAGCACCCGAAGAAGCCGCACUGCGAUGGCCUAGAUCACUACAAGGAGAUGUACAAGGAGUCCAUCACUGAACCGCACAAAUUCUGGGGGAAGAUGGGACGAGAGCUCAUAUCAUGGGAGCGCGACUUCCAAACGACACACGUUGGCUCGUUGGCUGGCGGUGACAGUGCAUGGUUCCUUGAAGGACGGCUCAAUGCUUCAUACAACUGUGUGGACCGGCACGCGGCGAAGAACCCUGACAAGCCGGCCCUCAUCUACGAGGCUGAUGAGAUGAACGAGGGCCGAACAAUCACUUACGGCGAACUCCUGCGGGAGGUCUCGAAGCUCGCAUGGGUGAUGAAGCAGAUGGGUGUGAAGAAGGGUGACACAGUAGCCCUUUACCUGCCCAUGAUUCCAGAAGCUGUCAUCGCCUUCCUAGCCUGCACACGUAUUGGUGCGGUGCACUCCGUGGUCUUCGCCGGCUUCUCCGCUGACUCGCUCCGUGACCGAAUAAUUGACGCCAACUGCAAGAUCGUCAUCACCUCAGAUGAGGGCAAGCGUGGCGGCAAACUCAUUGGCACCAAGAAGAUCGUUGACGAGGCGCUUAAGAAGUGCCCCGAUGUCACGCACUGUAUCGUUACGAAGCGGACUGGCGCCGAAGUACCCUGGACGCAAGGCCGUGACUACUGGUGGACAGAGGAGUGCGAGAAGUGGCCGGCCUACAUCCCACCGGAGAGCAUGAGCUCUGAGGAUCCACUCUUCUUGCUGUACACCUCCGGCUCGACUGGCAAGCCGAAGGGUGUUAUGCACACAACCGCUGGCUACCUGCUCGGAGCUGCAAUGACUGGCAAAUACGUCUUCGACAUCCAUGACACCGACAUCUUCUUCUGCGGUGGUGAUGUUGGCUGGAUUACUGGACACACAUACGUUGUGUACGCGCCUCUCAUGCUCGGUGUCGCUACAGUGGUCUUCGAGGGCACACCCGCAUACCCUGACUUUAGCCGCUACUGGGAUGUUUGCGAGAAGCACAAUGUGACGCAGUUUUACGUUGCGCCGACUGCGCUCAGAUUACUGAAGCGGGCAGGCGACCACCACAUCAAGCACAGUAUGAAGAAUCUGCGUGUGCUCGGCUCUGUCGGUGAGCCAAUCGCUGCCGAAGUGUGGAAGUGGUAUUUCGAGAUUGUCGGUAAGAGCGAAGCGCACGUUGUAGACACAUACUGGCAAACCGAGACUGGCUCGCACGUUAUCACGCCCCUGGGCGGCGUAACGCCCACCAAGCCUGGGUCCGCCUCUCUUCCUUUCUUCGGCAUUGAGCCAGCGAUCAUCGACCCAGUCAGUGGCGAAGAGCUUCACGGUAACGAUGUGGAGGGUGUCCUCGCCUUUAAGCAGCCCUGGCCUUCCAUGGCACGCACAGUCUGGGGUGCACACAAGAGAUACAUGGACACAUACCUGAAUGUCUACAAGGGUUACUACUUCACCGGCGAUGGUGCCGCGAGAGACCACGAAGGAUACUACUGGAUCCGCGGCCGUGUGGACGAUGUCGUAAACGUGUCCGGCCACAGACUGUCAACUGCUGAGAUUGAGGCUGCGCUUAUCGAGCACCACGCUGUCGGCGAGGCGGCUGUCGUUGGCAUCAACGAUGAGCUGACUGGCCAGGCUGUUAACGCCUUCGUGAGCAUCAAGGACGGCAAUGAAAUCAACGACGCUCUUCGGAAAGAAUUGGUCAUGCAAGUGCGCAAGUCGAUCGGUCCGUUUGCGGCUCCCAAGGCGAUUUUCACCGUGCCUGAUCUCCCAAAGACGCGGUCUGGUAAGAUCAUGCGGCGCAUCCUGCGGAAGAUUUUGGCGGGUGAGGAGGACCAGCUCGGCGAUACCAGCACGCUGUCUGACCCGAGUGUGGUGGACAAGAUCAUUGAGACUGUUCAUGAGUCUAAGGGUAAGAAGUGAGCUUGUAGCAGGCUUGUGUGACGGCGAGGUUUCGGAGCUGAGGAUUGACUUGCACCGUUUGGAUACCAGCCUCGAUAGGAUGAGAUAGCGUCAUCGCAAAGGCUGCGUACUGUAAUGCCCUCGGUUCAUGACCGCUAUGAUCGUCUAUGGCAUGUAGCACGGCGUGUAAUUGAUUGGGUCAGUUAAUUCUUCGAAGCCUCAAGCCUUCACUUCUGCCUCGAAAGCAGCCUAACCCCA